AUGGCCGCUACACCACCAGAUGAGGAGCAGCAGAAGAGCCUCCUUUCUGAAGAAGAGGGCGUCUGGGUGGACACAGAAAGGAAGGCGAAGAAAAGCUUUCCCCAAAUCUGGCAGAUUUUCGUGUACCCUAUAGCCGUGGCUGCGAUCUUCGCUAUGGGGGCUGUAUCUGGCUACUAUUGGGACGAUAUGGAUAAGCAUUGCAGUACAUACGUCUCGCAGCCCUCACCAUUGUUGAGGGACAUGGGGGUCAAGUACCAUGUUCAGCAGUACAACGGGUCCUUUCUCCACGAGAACAUCUAUCGACAAGACGCGGGUCCCGAAGUUGACGAGGCUUGGGAGGCCUUGGGAACAGAUUACCGACCACUUAGGGUUCCCCCCGAGGCGGCAGAAGAGGCAGGUAUUGCCCAUGAUCAAGUCAAGAUCAACGAUAAAUACGGCGGCGGAUAUCCCGCCAAUCUGGAGGGGUUGCACCAUUUGCACUGCCUGAAUCUCCUCCGGAAAUCGCUAUAUUACAACUACGACUACUACCAUGACCUAGGCCAAGGUGCGUUCGUGAACGAUGACUAUAUCGUCAAGCGCCACGUCUCCCACUGCAUGGACAUUAUUCGUCAACAACUCAUGUGCACAGCCGACACUGGCGUGCUAGGGCAGAUCUGGGUCUGGCCCGACGGCCCCAAGCCGUUUGUCGACUUCAAUACUAAACACAAGUGCAAGAACUAUGACGGGAUUCGGCAGUGGGCUCAAGAUAAUCAGUUGCCUGAGCAUCCUCCCCAGGACUACAUCCAAAAGGAGCCGGAAGAAGGAGAUAGGAUCUAUCCUGAGAUUCCUUAG